AUGGACUACUUUGAGCACAACCCGGCGCCGGGACAGCUCAGCCAGCUUUCCACCGACGCCAAGUCCUUCAUCGGGCAACACUCGUCGGCAUCCCGUCGAGUGGCACUCGUGACCUCAGGCGGCACCACCGUUCCCUUAGAGAAUCAAACGGUCCGCUUCAUCGACAACUUCUCGGCAGGUACCCGUGGCGCCUGCUCCGCCGAGUACUUUCUCGAAAAUGGAUAUGCCGUCAUCUUUCUGCACAGACAAUUCUCCCUGCUGCCAUACUCUCGCCACUACUCACACUCUACCAAUUGCUUUCUCGACUACCUGACCGGGACUGAGGACGGUCCUGUCGUGGUACAGAAUGAGUAUCAGCAGCAAAUGGCCGGGGUGCUGCGAAGGUACCGCAAAGCCAAAAAGGAGAACACGCUCCUGCUUCUCCCUUUCACCACCGUUAAUGAAUAUCUGUGGUAUCUCCGCGAAUUGGCCAUGCAAAUGCAGCCACUCGGUGCCGAUGCCCUCUUCUAUCUUGCCGCCGCAGUGAGCGACUUCUUCGUGCCAGCAGAGCGAAUGGUUGAGCACAAGAUUCAGAGUUCGGAAGAUUUCAACAAACCGAAUGGAAGUGCGGGGACGCGAGAAGAUCAAGAAAAAGCUCCCGCGGCUCACAUGGAUGGCGGCUCUCUCAUCAUCGAUCUGGAUCCUGUUCCGAAAUUCUUGAAACUGCUCGUUGAUGAGUGGUCACCGCAUGCCAUGAUAGUCAGCUUCAAGCUCGAGACCGACCCAGCGUUGUUGGGUAUAAAAGCUCAGACGGCGUUGGACAAGUACUCGCAUCACUUGGUGAUUGGAAACUUGCUAAACACUCGGAAAUGGGAGGUCUUGUUCGUGAGCAAGCAGGAUGGAGAGAAGUGGCUUCGUGUGCCAGAGUCGCAGAGAGUUGGGUCGGGAGGAAAGGGUGGUGUUGGGGAAGUGGAGAUUGAGAGCUGGAUUGUACCUGAAGUCGCGCGACUGCAUGGCAUUUUGAUCGGCAAGGACGGGAUGAACGACAGAGACGAUGGGCCGAAGAUGAGGCGUUUCUCAACAAGCUGA